GGUUUUGGGGGGAGAGAGAGAGAGAGAGAGAGAGAGAGAGAGCAAUAAAAAAAAGAGGUGGUGACGCCAAACAGAGUGAGGGUGAAAAAUGUUGAUCGCCACCGGUUUCACACCCUCCGGUUGCUCUCUCAGUUUCACCAAAUUCACUCUUGUCCGUUCAUCGCGCCCACAAUCACCACUACCACUUACCUUCUUAAGCCUCCGUACCCGCACCACCACCACCACCACUCUCACCCGGCGAACAAAUCACAACCAAAACCGGCCGGUUUUAGUGUUUUCCGGCGGCGGCGACGGCGGAAAUGGCAGUAGCUCAGGCGGAGGCGGCGGAGGAGGAGGAGGAGGUGGAGAAGGGGAGGGAUUCGAAGGGAACAAGAAGGAGGCUAUUCUGGCUUUGGCAGAGAUGGGGCGGUCGUUGGACAGCAUUCCUAAGGAUUUAGCGGCGGCGAUCGAGUCUGGAAAAAUACCGGGAUCCAUAGUUCUGCGGUACUUUGAGCUCGAGAAAUCGCCACUGUUUCGUUGGUUGCUUCAGUUCGGUGGCUUUAAGGAGCGGUUGUUGGCUGAUGAUCUCUUCUUCGCCAAAGUCGCCAUGGAGUGUGGUGUUGGGAUCUUCACUAAGACAGCUGCUGAGUACGAAAGGCGAAGAGAGAAAUUUUUUAAGGAGCUGGAAUUUGUUUGUGCGGAUGUGGUGAUGGCCAUAAUUGCUGAUUUCAUGCUUGUCUACCUUCCUGCUCCUACUGUUUCACUCCGUCCACCUGUUGCAGUCAAUGCUGGAUCCAUUGCUAAAUUCUUUUAUAAUUGCCCUGACAAUGCAUUUCAGGUUGCUCUGGCUGGAACUUCGUAUACAUUUUUGCAGAGAAUUGGUGCAAUAGUUCGCAACGGGGCAAAGCUUUUUGUAGUUGGCACCGCUUCAUCCCUGAUUGGCACAGUUGUUACAAAUGCCUUGAUGGCUGCAAGGAAGUUUGUUGAUAAGUCCUUUACAGAUGAGGUAGAGAAUGUGCCUGUAUUAGCUACUAGUGUUGCCUAUGGUGUCUAUAUGGCAGUCUCCAGCAACCUACGGUACCAAGUAGUGGCUGGUGUUAUUGAACAACGAAUUUUAGAACCACUGGUGCACCAGCACAAGUUAAUUCUAAGUGCCCUUUGCUUUGCUGUCAGAACAGGCAACACAUUCUUGGGUUCAUUACUGUGGGUGGAUUAUGCUCGUUGGACAGGCGUUCAAAAGCCUCAAGAAUCAGAAUAGCAGGUUAGGGGUGCAUUCUGUUGCCGCUUAUCAAGUUUUCAGAACUGAAUGUUUGGUUUGCUGCAUUAGUCGACAUCACAGAAACGCUGGUCACUGGAAUUUGAUUGAAUCUCUCUGAAGUUUAGACCUUUGUAUACUUAAGUUUCUGAGAUGUCUAUGCAUAUCUGGAAGGCUCAUUGCCAAACUGACAUCAUGUUGAAUUAAUUUUUCCAUUUUAGUCAUUGUGAGCAUAAUUUUGUACAUAAAGAAAUGUAUUUUUUUCUGAUGGUAUGUGAAUCGAAGAAAGUUUGUGUUGUUUGUAUAAUAGUAUGGGUUUCUAUGGAA